AUGUACCAGGUUGCUGCUUUCUUGGCUGUGAUCGUGGGAACCCACACGGCCAGUUUGCACACCCAGAAUGACUGCAGUCACUGGCCCAGCUGCUGCCCCAGCAAAGAACAAGACUCCACUCCGGAGUUGCUGACAUGGAACACUGCCUCUGUAUCUCUCCCAGAGCUUGAAGAUCACACACAGUCCUGCAGGGCCAGCAGUGAUGGGCCCCUCAACACCAGGGCCAUCUCUCCUUGGAGCUAUGAGUUGGACAGGGACUUGAACCGGGUGCCCCAGGACCUGUACCACGCGCGCUGCCUGUGCCCACACUGUGUCAGCCUGCAGACAGGCUCCCACAUGGACCCAAAGGGCAACUCGGUACCAAUCUACCACAACCAGACGGUCUUCUACCGGCGGCCAUGCCACGGACAGCAAGGCUGCCAUCACGGCUACUGCCUGGAGCGGAAGCUCUACCGCGUCUCCUUAGCGUGUGUGUGCGUGCGGCCCCUUGUAAGGUCUUAG